UCAAUUAUCUAAAGCAAUUUUCUUCCCUAACAGUGAAUGUAGUAAUAAGUCAUUAACGAAAAAGAUAAUAAUAAAUUAGGUUACUAUGGACCCUCCGUUAUGGCGAUAUUCAAACCCAACCAUAGGAUAUACGAUUAGAGACAUAAGUGAUGAGAAGACCCAUUAAUUGUGAUUGUGUUUACUAUAAAAUAAAAUACAUCACAAAAAUGUGGAUCAGCUUUUUCUUUCGUUAGGUUUGACGACAAGAAACUGUAGAAGAAACUAAAUUAUUAGUGAAGAAUCGUCCAUACAUAGCUUUUUGUCUUCUCAACUAAAGCACACUGCCCUAGACGGAAAAAAAACUGAAUAACAAAAAAACGAUGAUUUGAUAAUUAUAAUCGUAUCAUCUCCUCGUUGUUGAAUUAUAUGCCAUCAAUCAUUUGCUUUAUGAUGUUCCACUUUUCUUCUCUUUCCUUUUUGAUUCUGUGUAUAUUAUUAUAAUAGCAUUUAUAAUUAUUUAUAUAAAAAUAAAAUAAAGACAAACUUGUAUGUCCGCAUAGAUAAAUAAUGAAAACAAAGAGAGGCGAUAAAUUUCUUUUGAAACUCAGUGUCUUAUAAGGUAAAGACGUGAUUUUACAAUUGUUCAAAUCGAUCUUUCAUAAUAGAUUCCACAAAGGUAAAUUCAAUCACAAUUAUGUUGAUAAAUGGAUAUUGAAAAUAAAGAGAAACGAUAGAUUUAUUCAAUGUCCCUCCUAAAAUGAAUGUUAUAUUAUCUCGUAGAUUUUGUUGAUGACACAAUUCAAUAUUGUGGACAUGUUUUCUCAAGGCCGGCUUAGGUAUAGGGAAAUGGACGUAGAGUCCGGAGUCCAAAUUGUUUUUGUAUAAAUAGUAUUAGAAAAAUGGCCCACUUUAAAAAAAAAAAAUUAGGAAUAGAGGUUCAAAUAUUUUUAAAUUAUCUAUAAAUAUAUGUGAAAAAAAAUUAAAGUUAUUUUGUCUAAGAGCCUGAGAUGUGGCCAUAUGUUUUUUGAAUAUCGAAAUGAGAAGUGAUUUUGUGAAAAAGAUGACUUAAUUGGCCAAUUUUCAACAACAUGGAUAAGGAUAACACCAACAAGGCAACAAACCCCUACACAUGUAUCUUCAUGUGAUCAUGUCACAAGUAGGAAAGAGGUAACCACAAACACCUGCACUCAAAAUAUCUUGUAGGAAAGGUAAGCAAAUCUAAGAAAUGAAGAUAUAAAAUUUAACAUGGGCAUAUACGCUAACAUGUUCGGAGGAUACCUGUACACUAAAGAAAGAUGGUAAUGAGAAAAUAAUUUUUGGGGAUAUAAUUGGGUCUGAAGAAAGGAUUUGUGAAUGAGUGUUUAAUUUAAGUGAUUCAUUAAUAUUAGCCUAAGCGCAAUUGUAGGCCCUUCAAUACAACGUGGAGCGUGAGAAUAAAAUCUAAAAUUGUACAAUCGGGUUGGUAAAAAAAAUUGUACAUACGGGAGUACAGAGAAAUUGAAUCAGACAAAUGAAUGAAAUGAUAAAUGGGAGGUAAAGACGCCUUCCGAGAAUGGAUAUAUAUUAACUCAUUUCAGUUAUAAAAACUUGAAAUUUUUAAGCCAAUGAGAAACUGAUUAAUAGACAACUUAUCUUAUUAUUUUCACGAUAGUUUUAUUUAGUUCUACCAAAUAUGUGAUAUAAUAAGUUACAAAAAUCAGUAAAUUGACUUUAUCUGUUCAGUUAAACUCAACAAUUUCAGUUCAAACAAAACUAAAAGUGUUAAUUAACAAAAAAAAGAAAAAGAAAAAAAAACAGGUUCAAAGUUUUUAAACAAACAUUUUGUUUUUAUUAUAUUAGAAUUUUAUCAAAACAAUUUUGCACUUUCAAAACGCAGAUAAGAAUCUAGUUUUACAUUUAAAUGCAUAAGUAGAAAAAUAUGUAUAAAAUAUAUCAAACACUUAGAAUAUCUAUAGGUACUUCCAAAAUCUUACAAUUUAUUCAAAUUUCAGUUUUUUUUUGUUUAUUUCACGUUUGUUCAAAUAUCCUAACUAUAAAUAUCUAAGAUUUGCAAUUCAGACAAAGUUGUCUUUAAUUUUUAUGGAUCACCAUUCUCAAAAAUUCGACCAGCUUUCACCUUUUUCAGGACUUUUUUCUUGGGAAAUCUGUUUUUUAGAGCAAAAAAAAGGAAACUAUGUUCCUUUAGACUAAUCUGUACUACUUUAUGUCCUAUUAGACUAAUUUUUUCGAAAAUGGCAGUAAUGCCCUUAAAAUUGUAAUUUUUUAAAAAGAUAAAUAAUGAGUUCGACAAUCGGGAUCGAUCGAUCCAGAUUUACAAGUUACAGUGGAUCGAUCGAUCCCGAUAAUUAUUCAGAACAAAAAAAAACGCGAAAUAUAUACUGAUCGACCUGGUCCAUUUCACUCGAUCGGCGAAGGUCGAUUCCGUACAGAUCGACCGAUCCACUAAGAAUAGAUCGAUCGAUCCCGUGCCCAGGAAAGAAUCCCAAAUCGAUUUUUUUGGUUUUGUAUGAUUAUAUCCGGGUUGAUUCCCACUUGAUUUGAACCGACCAAGCAUGAUUUCAACUUUUUAAGCUCGAUUUCUCUGGGACAAAACCCUUAAUUUCCCAUUCACGAACAAAGGGAGAGAAAAUCAAAUUCUCACCCAAAGUUCAUUAACCCUAACUCACUCAAUUCUCUGAUUUGGACGAUUAUUUGGCCUAACUCAUACGAUUUCGUGAGCUUUUUACGAAUCUAUCACUCUUUAGUUCGUUCUGCAAAGGUAUGAAACUCUAUCUCCACUUCUUUUUAGAGUUUGAAAAUAGAAAGGUAAAAGGUAAAUUUUUUGAGUUAGUUAAGAUAUUUAGACUUCAAUCAUGUGUUAAGGUGAUGAUUAGAGAAGAUUUUGUACACAAUCAUGGUUUAAAUCAUAUUUUUGGGAUAGAUUUAGGGAUUUUAGGUUUUUGUUAUUAAUAGAUAUAUGUUGUAUUGUUUUCAAAUUUCAGGUAUGGAGUUGGAGUUGCCUAAUCGUUUAUACGGUGAGGGAUUGGAACCUCAGGUUAAGAAGAUUAAUAACAGCUGCCGACUAAAACUUCUCGAGUUGCUAAAAGAAAAAAUGGAACCAGAAUUCGAUGAAGUUAUGAAAGAUCCCAUUUUUUCACAGAUUAUGGUUAUCCAGAAGAAUGAUCUGAAGUUUUCGGCGAGGUUGGUACACUCUUUCUUGUGUAAGGAGUUGAUGACAAGCAAGAGACAUGAGAAGUGGUUCACUUUCGCUAGGAGACCUCUGCGUUUUGGAUUGCAAGAGUAUCAUGCUGUCACUGGUCUGAAAGUGAAGCGAGAGAAUAACAGUGGGCUAGUGACAUGGAAAGACGAUAAUGGUUUUUGGAGCAAGCAGAUAAAGACAAAUGGAAAAAUAAAUUUGCAGAUCAUAAAAAAGAAGCAUUUGGAAGAGAGCAAUACCUGGACUUGGGUUGAUAGGGUGAGACUGAUAUAUCUUUGCGUUAUUAUGGGUGUGGUGAUGGGAAAGGAUGAGAAGGUGAAUAUCCCGCAUCUGUACAUGAAGUUGGCGAUGGAUUUGGAGAAGCUUCGGAAUUACCCAUGGGGUCUGUAUUCGUUUGAUUUCCUUCUGAAGCAAAUUGAUAAAACAAGGCAUAAAUUAGAGCAGAAAGAGGGGUAUCUGAUGGAAGGAUUCUUGUUUGGUUUCCAAAUUUGGAUAAUGGAAGCUGUUCCUGCUUUAGGAGAGAUUUGUGGCACAAAAGUCAGUAAAAAUUUUACAGGUCCACUGUGUGGUAAUUGGAGAGGAUGUGCAAAAUGUUCUUAUGAAGAUAUCAUUGGCGUUGAGAACUUAUUCCCAGAAAACGGGAUUUUGCAUUCAUUCAUGGAAUCCCACAUAGAUGGAGUGGUCCUUUUGGCAACUGAUUUUGUACAGAAGGAUGAGAAGAAAGAUGAAAGAGUAGAUCGUAUUUUAGAUAUGAUCAAUAGUAAACAUGAUUGAAACAAUCAUGUUUGGGGAGUAAAAGAAGCUACGAACUCUGAAUUUGAGGAAUUUGGCGAAGAGAAAGGAGAGGAUCAAACAGCUGAUACUGAGAGAGGUGAAAAUAGUCAUGUUGCAGGGAAUGUUGAUGGCACAGCUGAUGUUUCGGGAAGAAACAAGAGAAAGCAUGCAGACCGAGGAGCAGAGUCAAGGAAAAAGAAUGUUUUGUGCUACCUAGCUGCUUCAUCAAAAGGAAAUAUUGACACAGAUAUGAAAAAUUUCUUGGAGGAUCUGGUACAAGCUUCUUUUACUGGUUUUGGGGAGAAAUUCUGUCAGCAGUUCUCGGACAGGUUGGGUAAGAUUGAGACUGAGGUUACACAACUCAGGACAGCUUCAGAGAGAACUGAGCAAUUUGAGACCGUUGUAACCGACAGAUUGGGGAAAAUUGAGGCUGAGGUUACACAGCUCAGGACAAGUUUAGUGGUGACUGAAUUGGUGGGAAAGAGUGAUCAAGCAGCGGUCCUAGCUUGACCAAAAUCAACAGUGGUCCUAGCACCAGCAAAAAAGGCACUGCUCCAACAAAGAAAAAGGUAACUACUAAGAGAAAGAGUUAAAAGAUGUUGAAAGCUUGGAACUAGGCGAUGGAAUGUAGGUCUUUGAAGCUAGGUUGUUAGAACUUGGAAUGAGGCGGUAAUAUGUAUUUGAAACUUGUCGUUUAUGUAAUCACUAUAUUUAAUGUAAUAUGUAUUUGGAAGUUUGUAUGUUUAUUAUGGAUUUCAAACUUGGCGUUUAUGUCUAUUCUCUA